UCGAUGCGUACCAUACCCGUCACCUGACUCACCUCGUCGAUGCGGACGAGACCAUCAUUGCAACCGUUCUCUGCUCUGCGACGAUGGAGAGCUCCCCAGCUCAGUUGACGAUCUUGUCCUUCGCUUGCUUCUCUCUCUACUUCCAGUUCAUCCUGACCCUCGGAUUUGAUUACCAAGUGCUCGCCCUGCCAAAGACGUCGGAGAAUUGCCUCCGAAUCCGGCAGGGUGCACCGUUCAAGAUCGCUCUCUUUGCAGACCUGCAUUUUGGGGAGGACGCGUGGACGGCCUGGGGACGCCGCCAGGACGCGAACUCUAUAAAGGUCAUGAAUACUGUACUGGACGAUGAAACUCCAGAUUUUGUUAUAUACCUUGGAGAUGUCAUCACGGCCAACAAUAUACCGAUUGCAAAUGCCAGCUUAUAUUGGGAUCAGGCAAUUUCUCCAACAAAAUCCAGGGGAAUACCAUGGGCAAGUGUGUUUGGAAACCAUGACGAUGCAGCAUUUGAAUGGCCAAUGGAAUGGUUUUCAGCCCCUGGAAUUCCUCAACUUGUUUGCCCAGCGGCCAACUCCACAAAUUCAAGAGAAGAAGCAUGUAGCUUUAGAGGCACACAUCGUCUGGAGUUGAUGAAGCAUGAGAUUGACCAUAAUGUACUCUCUCAUUCUAGAAAUGGUCCUAAAGAACUUUGGCCAAGUAUAUCCAACUAUGUUCUCCAGGUCUCAUCAGAUGAUGCAAAGUCACCUGUGGUAUACCUCUACUUUUUGGAUUCUGGUGGUGGGUCGUAUCCAGAAGUAAUAUCAAGCGCCCAAGCAGAAUGGUUCCAGCAUAAAUCUCAAGAGAUCAACCCUGACUCAAGGGUUCCUGAGCUAAUAUUCUGGCACAUUCCAAGUGCUGCAUAUAAGAAGGUGGCUCCAUGGUUUGGAAUAUACCAGCCUUGUGUGGGCUCAAUUAACAAAGAAAGUGUUGCUGCUCAAGAAGCAGAAAUGGGUAUCAUGAAACUUCUGGUUAAAAGGCCUUCUGUCAAGGCAAUAUUCGUUGGGCACAAUCAUGGAUUGGACUGGUGCUGCCCCUAUAAGAAGCUUUGGCUGUGCUUUGCUAGGCAUACUGGUUAUGGUGGCUAUGGAGACUGGCCCAGGGGAGCUAGGAUUCUAGAAAUCACUCAGCUGCCCUUCUCUGUUAAAUCUUGGAUAAGGAUGGAGGACAAUGUAGUGCACAGUAGAGUGGUCUUGAGUCCUUAAGUCCUACAAAUUGUAUAUAUCAAGGAAUAUAAUAAAUUUGUAUAUAUAUUUAAUACU